UCACUAUCUUUUCCCGGAAUUUUCUCGUGCACUUUCCCGGAAAAGCAAAAAGCACAGGCCUCGCUCCGUUUUCUAUUUGUAUUUGUAUCGUUCAGCAAUGGAGAAUUCGAAGAACGGAGCCAUGGAAGCGUCUCCUCGUCAAUUCGUCUCUGUUCUCAAUUGUAUCGAUCUCGCUAGCCCUGACAUCCACAACUCUGUUUCCUUGGUCAAGCAGGCUUGCUUGGACUCUGGGUUCUUUUAUGUGAUCAAUCAUGGCAUCAGCCAGGAAUUUAUGGAUGAGGUUUUUCAGCAAAGCAAAAGGUUUUUUGAUUUACCUCUAAGUGAGAAAAUGAAGCUUCUUAGGAACAAGAAACAUCGUGGUUACACUCCUGUUCUAGAUGAACAUUUGGAUCCUGUCAAUCAAAAACAUGGGGACUUUAAGGAGGGAUAUUACAUUGGUGUAGAAGUACCCGACGACAAUCCUGAUGCACAAAAGCCAUUCUUUGGACCAAAUGUCUGGCCUAGCUCUGAUAUCUUGCCUGGAUGGAGAGAAACUAUGGAGAAAUAUCACCAGGAGGCACUUGAGGUGGCAAAAGCAGUUGCGAGGUUAAUAGCUCUUUCACUUAGCCUGGAAGCUGGCUACUUUGAUGGAGAAGAAAUGCUUGGGAAGCCUAUUGCAACGUUGCGUUUGCUACAUUAUGAAGGUGAAAAUGAAAUAAAAGGUACAGUUUCUGAUCCUGCAAAGGGAAUAUAUGGAGCAGGCGCACAUUCUGAUUUUGGUUUAAUGACACUCUUGGCAACAGAUGACAUCUGUGGUCUCCAAAUAUGCAAGAAUAAGGAUGCUAUGCCUCAGAUAUGGGAAUUUGUAGCGCCAUUAAAAGGAGCUUUCAUAGUGAAUCUUGGUGACAUGCUAGAACGCUGGAGCAACUGCAUAUUCAGGUCCACUCUGCAUCGGGUGUUGAGCAACGAUCAGGAGAGAUACUCUAUCCCAUUCUUUGUGGAGCCGAACCAUGACUGUGUUGUUGAAUGCCUGCCCACCUGCCAGUCCGAAGAGAACCCCCCCAAGUUCCCCCCAAUCAAAUGCGAAACUUACAUGCUCCAGCGAUACAAGGAGACCCAUGCCGAUCUCAGCUCAUACCAGAAAUGACACCCCAAAUUCAAGAAUGCUGUUAUCAUCCGUUGACUGUAGCUGUUAAAACGGUGAAAGCGACGCUGAUAAGGGGGGAUGAGUUAACUGCGACUUCACAAUUUUUUCUCCUCUCAAUAUUUUACCAAAAAAUAUAUUUACAAUAUAUAUAUUUUAAAUAUAAAUAUAAAUUAAAUUAAAAAUAUAUUUUGUUAUUUACCGAAAAUAUAUAUAUUAGUUAUUUACACAAAAUUUAUAAAUAUAUAAAAAAUACCAUAUAUAUAGAUAGAAAGAGCGGGCAGCGAUGGGGUUGUCUAUUGAGAUGUCCCCCACCACACAGCUUUACUGCUCUGCUAGUACUAGCUGGCUCGCUCUCGUUUUGCCUUCAGUAGGGUGGCCGGCGAGCUUUUCAUUUGCUCUCUUUUGUUGUAUUAUAUAUACAAUAUACAUACACACACACAGAUACUACUAGCUUUCUUCAAUAUGGUUUUUCUGAAGAAGUUGUCGUCAAGGUCUUGUAUUCCGGUAAGGGUAUCAUGAAGAUGGUUCGUGGUUUGAAGGAGAGAUGGAGGUUCAUGGCGAAGGACCAUUAAUAGAGUUUUAAUUUCUCUGUGAUUUAAUAAGCAUUUGCAUUAGUGGUCCCUAUGUGCAAGGUUUAAUGAUAUACUUAGGAAGUGCUUUGAAUAAUAAUUACACGUGCUAUUUUCAUACACAAA